AUGGUUCAGGCUGUUGAAACUCCUGACUCUGUACGAAACAAAGUCUCCUUAUCUAUUUUUGGGUUUCUUGAUAGAGAGGUCUCCUUGAAAGGAAAGCUGAAGGUCUUGGAUCAUCAAUGGAUUCAAGUUAUUUUUGAGCCAUCUGAAUUCUUUAUACUGAACUCUUUCAUGCAUAAUUUGUUGUCCAUUGUAUCUAUUUCAGUACAAUCAUUGGUUUAUUUUAUGGAAGGAAGGCUCAUGUUUCUUUUCUCUGAAUUUUCAUGUUCGAAUCUCAAAUAUAAGGUACAAUUAUCAAGUGGCGAACGUUACCCUGUACCAGACAAAGCAACUCCAGUUUACAUCACUGUCAGAGAUGGUGGAAAUCGAGGAAGUCUAGCUGGAAGAUUUUUAGAUCCCCAACCAGAGUAUUUUGCAUUCCGAGAAGCUAGUUAUGGUCAUUUGACACUGGAAAUCCAAAAUAGGACCCAUGCAUUCUACCAUUGGAACAGCAAUAAUGAUGGGAAAAAAGUGGCAACUAACUCAUUUGUAUUUCACAAUCAGUACUGGUGA